GUUUGGGUUUCAUUGAGAGCUGACCUUGAUUUUUUGUAUUGAUUACCACUUACUACCGACCUUCAAAGGACGCUAUAAAGGUUUUUUAUUUAUUAGUUGGAGAGUAGUUAAUCAUCCAUUAUGGCAGGGCCGACAACAGGUGAUGAUGAAGUGGACAGUAAAUUACAGGAAUGGCUAAAAUUAGAUCGGAAUGAAAUCACUAGAGCAGAGAUACAGAAGUUAGCUGACAGUGGAGACAUAAAAGGACUUAGAAAGCUUUUGUUAGAGAGGAUGGAAUUUGGAACAGCAGGUUUAAGAGCACGUAUGGGAACAGGAUUUUCCCAGAUGAAUGAUGUGACAAUCAUACAAACUUCUCAGGGUCUAAGUAAAUAUUUGCUAAAGACUUGUCCUGAUGUAAAGAAAAAUGGUGUUGUCAUUGGAUACGACGGAAGACACAACAGUCAAAGAUUUGCAUCUCUAGCUGCAACAGUUCUGAUCAAUGAUGAAAUUCCUGUCUACCUCUUCUCUUCCAUCUGUCCAACUCCCUAUGUUCCCUACUCUGUACUUCACUAUAAAACUGAAUGUGGCAUUAUGGUGACAGCCUCCCACAAUCCAAAGGAUGACAAUGGUUAUAAAGUCUACUGGGGAAAUGGGGCUCAGAUCAUUUCACCUAUUGACAAAGGGAUAGCUGAGUCCAUUCUUCAAAACCUGGAGAUCCUGGAUUCAUCUUGGGAUUACACCUCUGUUAGAUCCUCCCCUCUGUGUAAGGAUCCCUUGGCCACCAUAUUAGAUGCUUACAACAGGGAUCUGUGUACCUUAUGUUACUUCAAAGAGAAAAACCAGUGUAGUCCAAUCAAAUUCACUUACACUGCUAUGCAUGGUGUGGGGUAUGAAUACUUCAAGAGAGCUUGUCAGAGCUUUGGAUUUAAGGAACCAAUCGCAGCUCAAGAGCAGAUUAAACCAGAUCCUGAGUUCCCUACAGUGAAGUACCCCAACCCUGAAGAAGGGGAAGGAGCAUUACUGAUUGCAAUGAAAACAGCUGAUCAAAACAACAGUCCAGUCAUACUGGCCAAUGAUCCUGAUGCUGACCGGCUGGCCAUAGCAGAGAAACUUCCAGAUGGAAACUGGCACAUCUUCUCAGGGAAUGAAACAGGUGCUCUCUUAGGCUGGUGGAGCUGGUUUUCCUUUGUACAGAGAUAUCCAGAAUACCCAGUAAGUGACCUGUAUAUGUUUGCCAGUACUGUAUCCUCAAAAAUUCUCCAAACGAUUGGAAACAAGGAGGGAUUCAACUUUGAGGAAACUUUGACUGGAUUCAAGUGGAUGGGAAAUCUGGCAAGUGACUUACUAAAAGAGGGCAAAAAGGUCUUAUUUGCUUUUGAAGAAGCUAUUGGGUUUAUGUGUGGUACAAAUGUCCUUGACAAGGAUGGAAUCUCAGCAGCAAUGGUGAUGUCAGAACUGGCCACUUACCUGUACAACAAUAACACAACAUUACAUAAGAAGUUGGAUGAAAUAUAUAAAACGUAUGGUUACCACCUCUCUAACAACUCUUACUUUAUAUGCCAUGAAGCUGAAAAGAUCAAACAAAUGUUUGAGGAAAUAAGAAACUAUAACAACACGGGAAAGUACCCAGAAUCCUGUGGUCCUUACAAAAUCAAAUACAUCCGAGACUUAACUGUGGGUUACGACAACAGUAAACAAGACUCCAAACCAGUUUUGCCUGUAAGUAAAUCUAGUCAGAUGAUCACAUUUACGUUUGAAAAUGGAUGUGUUGCCACAUUAAGAACCAGUGGAACAGAACCAAAGAUUAAAUACUACACAGAAGUUAAACCAGAUCCCAAACAAGGAAUGGAUAGACAACAGGCUCAGAAAGAAUUAGAUGACAUUGUCCAGUGCAUCAUAACUCAUUUCUACCAGCCUGAAAAGUUUGGUUUUAUGCCCAGACCAACAUGAAAACUUAACCUAGAUACAUCUGAGUUGUCAUCCUUGAUAGUUGUUGACAUAGCUGGUAUCAUAUUGGUGACGUGUAAGACUAUGUAGGAUUUUGGCCCAUUUUUCUAUUCAGUCAUAUUUUGACAGUUUUAAUAUUGUUGAUUUGCUAGACAGAAGGGAUUGUUGACUCACACGAUGUAUCUAUACAAUAUUAUUUUGUUAAAGGUGAUUGUUUAAACCAUUUUGUCCUUAGAAUUUUUUAUGGUAGUCUUCGAAUGUUAGAGAGCGUUCCUUAAUGAAAGUUACCACAAGAAGUGAAAUACUUCUUCCUUAUUUUACCUGAAUAGAGGCAUGUAAUAAAUUGGAAUCUUACAUGUUUGUGGUUGAUAUAUACAGAUGCAUAAGGAAUCUCUCAGAAUUAUUAAAUUUUUUAUAAUAAACACACAUACUUUAACUGGUAUAUACUUAUUUCUUUUUGUUUAGUAUUUAUUGACAGUUUUAUUGCGGAUAUAUUCAUGUUUAUAACCCAACUGACAAGUUAUUAUAAUUACGAGGUGGAUAUAAAUUAACCAGAUUAUAUAAUCAAUUUGCAAUCUUAUUUGAUUUAUUAUCUACAAGUACAUGUAUCAUUUUAUAUCUUUGUUUGAAUGUAACGCAUAAUGAAAAAUGACAUUCCAUCUUACUUUGGUAGAUGUACAACUAAUUUUAUCCAAGUAAUAAUGCAACAGUUGAUAUGAUGAAUGCUAUAUGAUUUUUUUAAGCAAGAAAUUGCUUUCCAAGUAUAUAGCAUUAUAUGUUUUGAGGCUAUAUGAGUGGAAUCUUGUAUCCUGUAUUUGAUUUACCUCACUGUAAUUCCAAAGAGUUAAAAAAAUAUUCAGAUAUAUUCAGCAUUAGAUUUGAGUUGUACUGUUAUUUAUUGGUACGAAUGAUGUGAUUAUGUCUGUCUGCUACAUCAUAUAUGGAAAAUGUAUGUUUACUUUAUUGUUAUCAUUGCUAGUUACACAAAACCAAACAUGUCAAAACCUACAAUGCCUGUACCUUUUUUAUUGGAUUAAAAAUUAAAUGAUCAAUAAAAGAAGUGAAUGCUUCUAAAGAUACAACUCCUUAUUUAAGCAAUUUUUUACGUUGAUGUCUGUGUAAUAGAUUUUGUUUGGCCAAUUUAAAAAAUCUUUAAAAAUUUCAACCUGUAAUUCUCAUUAAUUUUUUGAGUUUAAGGAAUCUCUAAUCACCAAUGAAAAAUGUUUUUUGAUCACUCUAAGAGUAUAAAAUGACCUUGGAAUUAAGGACAUCUUCAUUGAGCAGUGUUUAGAACUUCCUUAAUUGAUAAUUUUUCAUUAAAAAUGCUUAAAAAGGCAUAAUUUGUGCACUCAUUCUAAAACUGAAAUGAAUCUCAGAUCCCCAAAAAGUGUAAAGUAACCAAAUGGCUUUCUUGAUUAGUAAUACCAGUGUUCUACAUCAAUUACAAUGAUUAAACAAUCAAUAUUCUG